CAUUUUAGUUGGGCUGUCCCAACUGCACUCGUUGGGACCGGUCACCCAACUACAGUUGGGACGGAACAAACUUUCCGCGGCACCAUUCUAUUGUAAUUUCCAAGAUGGCUGCGUCUACAUUUGACUUUCUCAACGCAAGACAGACGUUUUCUGUUAGUAUUCAGGAGGUUUGUCAAACCAAUAAGACUGAUCAGUUAAAGACACAAGCAACCAAUGUUGAUGGAAGUGAAGCAGAGAAAAAGGUUGCAUUGGAUCAGGCAUUCCGUGAUGUUAUGAUGAACUUAGUGAUCAAAGAGAGUGACUGCGCUCAUUUUAUAUCCCUCAUUAACCUGUCCAUUGAAGCAGUGCAUCUUGGGAUAUGUUCCCCAGCGACUCCUUUUCUUCUGUUAUCUGACGUGUUUGAGUCAGUUACCAUCAAUACAUGUGACAAAGUCUUCAGGUUUGUGGAGGACAGAGUCAACACUUGGAAAUCGAAUGUUUUGUACACAUCUGGCAAGAACUAUCUAUUGAGAAUGUGCAAUGAUCUUUUGCGCCGGUUGUCUAAAUCACAAGACACUGUGUUCUGUGGUCGUAUCCAGUUGUUCCUGGCCAGGUUUUUCCCUCUGGAUGAAAAGUCAGGUUUGAACCUUGUUAGCCAAUUCCACCUUGACAAUGUCACAUCCUUCAACACGGAACCCAUCAACGGACCCCUGAAAUCUGAAGACAAAGAUGAAGCGAUGGAAUUUGAAGAAGGUGAGAUGGCGUCGAGCUCCUCCCCCAUUGACUAUCAGCUCUACAGGAAAUUCUGGGCAUUACAAGAUUACUUCAGAGAUCCAAGACAGUGUUAUCAAAAAGACAAGUGGAGGGUCUUUCACAGAUACACCAAAGCUGUCCUGGGAGCCUUCAGCAGUCUAAAGCUAGAUGAUGUAUCAGCUUCUAAGACCCAAGAUGAACCACCGACUGAUAAACAUGUCUUCUUUGCAAAGUACCUCACAAGUGAAAAGUUGUACGAUCUUCAGUUAAGUGACUCUACUUUCAGACGGUAUGUUCUCCUCCAGUUUCUGAUCCUGUUCCAGUACCUCAACCAACAUGUGAAAUUCAAGGGGGUAGAACACGUUCUUACUGAUGAUAUGACAUCGUACAUCAAGAACACCACAGAGACAGUGUAUGAGAUCUUGAAGGAAACAUCACCAGGCGGUGAGGAGUUUGCUAAAACAAUACAGCAUAUCCUAGAGAGAGAGGAACAUUGGAACAUGUGGAAGAAUGAAGCCUGUCCAAGCUACAUCAGAGAACAGCCUGUUAAUGCCGCAGCACAGCCCAAACCAAGAGCCAGGAAGCGAAGCUUAGGGGAGGAGCUUAGAAUCAACACCCCUAACAAGAAGAUUGAUAUGGGAAGCCCUGAGCUGACAAGACUCUGGAAUAUCUGCCCUGACAACCUGGAUGCAUGCCGUGCUGAAAACAGAAUGUUCAUUCCUUCUCUUGAGGACUACUUUGAAGAAGCCAUUGAUCAAGCUGACCCUGGUGCCAUGAUAGAACAAGAAUACAAGGUGGUGAAUAACAGUAACUUUGCCUGGUGUGCCCUGCGGCUCUUAGCUAGACGUAGCCCAUACUUCUUCCAGACCAUCACAAGCACUCAACCUCUAGUCAAAUCAGUCCCUGCUUACCUGGAACUCAUGGUCACUAAGCUGGCCAAGGAUAUGCCGCAAACCUCAACUGAGGAGUUGAAGACGGAGGAGCCAGUUGAUGUUGAAAAUGACGACUUGCUGAAGGGAGAGGAUGAUGAUACAAUUACAACACUAGAGAAGUCCAACAUCCUCCUUGAGGAGCAAGUUGAUGCAGUCAUCGCUCGCCUCGGUGACAACUGGAAGACACUGGCAUCUGAGUUGAGCCUCACCGAAGACGAGAUCACCAUCAUCCAGACAGAGAAUCUAGAAGUGAAGGAGCAAUCCAAGGCUAUGAUAACUGCUUGGAUGAAUAGAGAGGGAGACCAGGCUACUAGGGAUGUGCUGACUAAAGCUCUGAUGGAGAGUGGAUUGAAUGAUAUUGUGGAGUCUGUCUUGUCAGACAACUGAGGGUCUGUCAGAGAGCCCUGCGUCUUAAAUAAUAGACCAGUCCUCUACAACUAUAUACAAACAACAGCGCCUUUGAUUCCUCAGUAUUAAGAUUGUUAUGGGUUGAACAAAGAACAAUUUACUUGAGUGGGGCUUGAAGCUACGACCUUCAGACUAAGCUGUCAGUGCUCUUCCCACUGAGCUAUCUAUCCCUGUGUUGGUGGUCUACGUAUUUCAAAAAUAACUCAGGGGUGCCAGUCAUACUUUUUUAAACAUUCAUUUCACUACUCAAAAAUUUGAGUGAAAAACAUUUGUGAGGUAUUUUUUGCCCUUUACCUACAAUUUGAUUCCAUUGACCCCUUGCAAAUUGCAGAACACACCUCUUCAGAAUGUGCGUCUUCCAUUUCACAUUUUGAAUGCAAUUUCUUUGUGAACAUAUUCAACUCACAAAUGGUGGACAUGACAUGCAUGUGCAAGCGCGUUGAGUGUUAUGCAAGGAGUCAAUAGACUUGAGCAGCUCUAAAGGCAGGUUCUAUCACAUAUUAAUCUCUAGUCCACAAUAAACUCAACUGUUAGGUCUCUGAUAGUAUUGAACCAAUUUACUAGGGCCCAAUUUCAUAUAGCUGCUUAGCGUAGUAUGUUUUUCUGCCAUAGUUAGCAGAUCUGUAAAAAUGGGCCCUGACAUCAUCACCAAAAUAAUCUUGGUUGGCCCUUUUUGGGAGUCGCUUAAGGGGCUGCAUAGUUUACACAAGUUAUUUUUUACAAACAGCUGGCUGCACAUGUAUUGAAUUUGUAACUGAUGUUGUUUAGAAAGCCGGAAGUAAAACAAGCUUUGAUUUGAGCUACAAUA